AUUCAAAUACGCGUCUUUCUUAUCUUUAUCAUCAAUAUGUCAUCUCAACUCUGUGAUUUCACCACCAACAAGAUUGUACAUCUUCUUAAGAAUGAUUAUAUGCCUGCUGAGAUCGUGCGAAGCAUUGAGUAUCACCUGUGUAUAUUGAAUUCAAUGAAAUCUUCACUGUUUUGAAACUGCUAGAGAACUCUGUUCAAUAUGUGAUAUAAAGUCAAAGAUCAUAUCAGAUAUCUCUUCAAUUCUGAAGAGAUUUGAUGGAGAUUUUGAAGCUUUUUUGUAUCAUGCAGUUGAGAACUUCAUAAGAGAAAAAGAUAUAAAAGAAUAUUUCAGAUCUACUUAUAUAGAAUAGUAUUGUAAUAAUUAGAAAGAUUCAGAUUAUAAUUCAUUAUAAUAUAAAUUUAGAAGUAAAAGCAGUAUGAGAUCUGUUCUUAUCACUAUAAAUAGUGAAUAAAGAGGAUUUGAAUUUCUGCAAUUUUGUCUGUUAUAAUGGACUUUUUAACCCAUCUCUUAUAAUUUGAAAUAUACUCUUGUCAAUAUUCAUAUGAAGCAACUGUUCCCUUGUCAAUCAAUUGAAGUAUUCAUCAAAUUGAGGUAUUGGACUGCUUUGAAUUGGAGAUGGAACAGCGGAUUCGAUGGAAGAUUCAACGGCGGAUUCGAUGGAAGAUUUCAACAGUGUAUUCGAUGGAAGAUUCAAACAGUGUAUUCGAUGGAAGAUUCAACAGUGUAUUCGAUGGAAGAUUUCAAGGGCGUAUUCGAUGGAAGAUUCAACGGUGGAUUCGAUGGAAGAUUUCAACAGUGGAUUCGAUGGAAGAUUCAACGGUGGAUUCGAUGGAAGAUUUCAACAGUGUAUUCGAUGGAAGAUUCAACGGUGGAUUCGAUGGAAGAUUUCAACAGUGGAUUCGAUGGAAGAUUCAACGGUGGAUUCGAUGGAAGAUUUCAACAGUGGAUUCGAUGGAAGAUUCAACGGCGGAUUCGAUGGAAGAUUUCAACAGUGUAUUCGAUGGAAGAUUCAACGGUGGAUUCGAUGGAAGAUUUCAACAGUGUAUUCGAUGGAAGAUUUCAACGGCGGAUUCGAUGGAAGAUUCAAACAGUGUAUUCGAUGGAAGAUUCAACAGUGUAUUCGAUGGAAGAUUUCAAGGGCGUAUUCGAUGGAAGAUUCAACGGUGGAUUCGAUGGAAGAUUUCAACGGCGGAUUCGAUGGAAGAUUUCAACAGUGUAUUUGAUGGAAGAUUUCAACAGUGGAUUCGAUGGAAGAUUCAACGGUGGAUUCGAUGGAAGAUUUCAACAGUGGAUUCGAUGGAAGAUUCAACGGUGGAUUUGAUGGAAGAUUUCAACAGCGUAUUCGAUGGAAGAUUCAACGGCGGAUUUGAUGGAAGAUUUCAACAGUGUAUUCGAUGGAAGAUUCAACUGUGGAUUCGAUGGAAGAUUUCAACAGUGUAUUCAAUGGACGAUUCAACGGCGGAUUUGAUGGAAGAUUCAACAGCAGAUCUGGAUGUGGAUGAUAAUGAGAUUGUGAAUUCAGUUCUUCUAUUCCUUUCAUCAUAUAUUUCAUCAUCAUCACAUUGAUUAUCUCACUUGAGAAUGCCAUAUUGAAUGAAGUUGAAGCUGCCAGAGCUGAAGAAGGGAAUAUAAUCACUGACAUUUGAGAGAUCUGUAUAGAAGAAUUGAUUGUAGAAAUUAUAGAUUCAUUCUUCUAAUUCUUCUUCUUCUUUCUACUCAUUAAUCAUUUUGUCAUCUCUCUUGUUCUUUAUCUCAUUGAUAAUCACCCAUUCAUACAAUCUGUAUGAGAUGUCAGGCUCAGGUGUAGGGAUUCGCAGAUAUCAAGGAUCCUCAGACUGAGUCUCUAUAUCCUCCUCAUCCAUCUGCUCCUCCAUCUCAUCAUUGACCGGAUCCUCUCCAUUAUCCAGAACUUCUGGAACAGGUAGUUUGGGGAGACUGAGGCGCAGGGUAGGAGUCUCUGUACAGGCUUGCGAAGCAGCAGAACAGCGGGUGUUGUGAGGCAUAUUGAAAAAAGGGUUGAUUGAUAUAUGUGGAUUUGAUGAUAAAGGUAAGAAAGACGCGUAUUUGGAUGAUAUUUGAUUGAAAAAGACACGUAUUGGAUGAUAUUGAAUGAUUCUAGAGAAAUGCAGAUAUUUUGAUUUUUUGGUGGUGUUUUGCUACUAAUUUUCAGAGGGGGCUGGGAAAAUUCUGUUUUCGCAAGUAAUAUGUCCGCCACAAUAAUA